CGACCCUGAUGCUGGCUGAUGCGUCCUUGGGGACAGGAAACUCACUACCUAACCACGUCUAUCCUUUUCCAUUUCGCUCCCCUAUCCCCACCCCCGCCAAUUACUCCAUCGUUACUGUGGCAUUUUCUACACUUGCCACAGCAGAGGCCAGUCAGUCCCGGGGUACAAAGCACAGGGGAACACCCCACGGACAAGCUCAAGUCAGACGGGCACGCUCAGGGAGGGCGGCUUGGAGCUUGCUGCCCGCAACUCCCGACGCCGCCUUCCAGCGGGCAGGGGUCCCGCUCGCCAGCUCCCGGCCACUGCUCCCCUGGUCCCUGGCCUCGCGCCGCCCCGCUGCCGCUCGGGGUCCGCGGACCCCGCCCCGGUGCUACCACGGAGAGCGCGUGGCGCGCGGGCGCCGGUGCCGCGCUUCCCGCCUCCUCCCCGCCGCAGCCGCAGCUGCUCAGCCCCUCCUCCCCGCAGCCCUGCUGCCCUCCGCUCUCCGGAGAGUUUCCCGGCACCUUCGGCGAGGAGUUUGGAGCGGCCCGGCUGCGCAGCCCACGGCUGGCCGAGCGCGAGCGGACGAGCCGGCGACGCAGGUGCUAGGGCCCCGGGGCCGGCGCCAUCUCUGCUUUCCGUCGGGGUUCGACCCCGGGACCAAGGUCUCCUGCCUACUUGGGAAGUCGAAGGGACUGCGACGUAAACCAUCGCAACCGAAGCACUUACUUAAAAGGGAUUUGUAGCGGUGAGAGAAGAGACCCAAAUGAGGAAUCGCUUUGGAAACUCCAGGUGCACAUAUCUGAAGUAAGAUGAUUUAUCAAAAAUUCUGCAUGAUUUUGUUACAAUGGGAGUUUGUUUGUGUGAUAACUGCAUUUAACUUGGCAUAUCCAGUUACUCCCUGGAGAUUUAAGUUGUCUUGCAUGCCAGCAAAUGCAACCCAUGACUAUUUCCUCUUGCCUGCUGGAAUCUCCAAGAACACUUCAAAUUCUAGUGGACAUUAUGAAGCAAUUAUUGAAGAUAAAUUUAAUUCAAGUGACACCUACUUUUCUAACUUAUCCCAAACAACAUUUUACUGUUGUUUUUGGAGUGAGCAAGAUACUAACUGCUCUGUGCGUGCAGACAACAUUGAAGGGAAGACAUUUGUUUCAACAGUAAAUUCCUUAGUUUUUCAACAAGUAGGUGCAAACUGGGACAUACAGUGCCAGAUGAAAGGGGACUUGAAAUUAUUCAUCUGUUAUAUGGAGUCAUUACUUAAGAAUCCUUUUAAGAAUGUUGGCCUUAAGGUCCAUCUUUUAUAUGUUCUGCCUGAAAUGUUAGAAGAUUCUCUUCUGGUCCCCCAGAAAGGCACUUUUCAGAUGGUGCAGUGCAACUGCAGUGUUCAUGAGCGUUGUGAGUGUCAUGUGCCUGUGCCAGCAGCCAAGCUCAACUACACCCUUCUUAUGUAUUUCAAAGUCACAUCUGGUGGAGUGUUUUUGCAGUCCCCUCUCAUGUCGGUUCAGCUCAUAGAUGCCGUGAAGCCUGAUCCACCGUUAGGCUUGCGUAUGGAAAUCACGGACAAGGGCAAUUUAAAGAUUUCUUGGUCCAACCCAGCCCAGGUACCAUUUCCACUGCAAUAUCAAGUGAAAUACUCAGAGAAUUCCACAACAAUUAUAAGAGAAGUUGCUGAGAUUGUAUCAGCUACAUUCCUGCUAGUAGACAGUGUGCUUCCUGGGUCUUCAUACAAGGCUCAGGUGAGGGGCAGGAGACUGGACGGUCCAGGAACAUGGAGUGACUGGAGUACCCCUCAAAUCUUUGUCACGCAAGUGGCAGGAACUCAACCUCUUGAGCCACUACCGACUGUCUACCAUGGUCUGUGUUGGUUGAAAGCUGGAAUCAGGAGCCAGAAUCAGGAAUCCACUCUGAUAUGGAAUGUGGAAAUCUUAAUAGAUGUCAUUUACUUUCCACCUAAAAUUCUGACAAGUGUUGGGUCUAACGUUUCUUUUCACUGCAUCUAUAAAAAUGAGCACAAGAUUGUGUCCUCAAAACAGAUUGUUUGGUGGAUGAAUUUAGCUGAGAAAAUUCCUCAAAGCCAGUAUACCGUUGUGAAUGAUCGUGUCAGCAAAGUUACUUUUCCCAAUUUGAAUGCAACCAAACCUCGAGGGAAGUUUACCUACGAUGCAGUGUACUGCUGCCGUGACCAUGAAUGCCAUCAUCGCUAUGCGGAAUUAUAUGUGGUUGAUGUCAAUAUCAAUAUAUCAUGUGAAACUGAUGGGUACUUAACUAAAAUGACUUGCAGAUGGUCAGCCAAUACAAUCCAAUCACUUGUGGGAAGUACCUUGCAGUUGAGGUAUCAUAGGAGCAGCCUUUAUUGUUCUGAUAUUCCAUCUAUUCAUCCCAUAUCUGAACCCAAAGAGUGCCAUUUGCAGAGGGAUGGUUUUUAUGAGUGCAUUUUUCAGCCAAUCUUCCUAUUAUCUGGUUACACAAUGUGGAUUAGGGUCAACCACUCGUUAGGUUCACUUGACUCUCCACCAACGUGUGUCCUUCCUGAUUCUGUAGUGAAACCGUUGCCUCCAUCCAUUGUAAAAGCAGAAAUCACUGUAAACAUUGGCUUACUGAAGCUAUCUUGGGAAAAGCCAGUCUUUCCAGAGAAUAAUCUCCAGUUCCAGAUCCGCUAUGGCUUAAGUGGAAAUGAAAAGCAAUGGAAGGUGUUUGAGGUACAUGAUUCAAAAUCAAAGUCUGCCAAUCUGUCAGUACCAGACCUGUGUGCCGUCUAUGCUGCUCAGGUGCGCUGCAAGAGGUUAGAUGGACUAGGAUAUUGGAGUAAUUGGAGCAAGCCAGCCUACACUGUUGUCAAGGAUGUGAAAGUUCCUGUGAGAGGACCUGAAUUUUGGAGAAUAAUUGAUGGAGAUGUUACUAAAAAGGAGAGAAAUGUCACCUUACUGUGGAAGCCCCUGAUGAAAAGUGACUCACUGUGCAGUGUGAGCAGAUAUGUGGUAAACCAUUACACUUCCCACAAUGGAACAUGGUCUGAAGAUGUGGGAAAUCACACCAGAUUCACUUUUAUUUGGGCAGAACAGGUGCAUACGGUUACAGUUGUGGCCAUCAAUUCAAUUGGUGCUUCGUCUUCCAAUUUUAAUUUAACUUUCUCAUGGCCUGUGAGCAAAGUAAAUACCGUGCAGUCACUCAGUGCUUAUCCUUUAAACAGCAGUUGUGUGAUUCUGUCCUGGAUACCAUUGCCCAGUGACUACAACCUAAUGUAUUUUAUCAUUGAAUGGAAAAACCUUAAUGAAGAUAAUGAAAUCAAGUGGCUUAGAAUCCCUUCAUCUGUUAAGAAGUAUUCUAUCCAUGAUAAUUUUAUCCCCAUUGAGAAAUAUCAGUUCAGUCUUUAUCCAAUAUUUAUGGAAGGAGUGGGAAAACCAAAGAUAAUUAAUAGUUUCACCCAAGAUAAUGAUGAGAAACUCCAGAAUGAUGCUGGUCUAUAUGUAAUCGUGCCAAUAAUUAUUUCCUCUUCUGUCUUGUUGCUUGGGACAUUGUUAAUAUCACACCAAAGAAUGAAAAAGCUGUUUUGGGAAGAUGUUCCAAACCCCAAGAAUUGUUCCUGGGCACAAGGACUUAAUUUUCAGAAGCCAGAAACGUUUGAGCAUCUUUUUACCAAGCAUGCCGCGUCAGUGACAUUUGGCCCUCUUCUUUUGGAGCCUGAAACCAUUUCCGAAGAUAUCAGUGUUGACACAUCAUGGAAGAACAGAGAUGAGGUGGUGCCCGCAGCUACGGUCUCACUGCUUUUGCCAUCUCCAGAUUUUGAAAAGGAUUCUAUUUGUAUUGGUGAGCAAGGCAACAGUGCUAACUUCUCAGAGGUGGAGAGCUCCCAGGUAACCUGUGAGGAUGAAAGCCAGGGACAGCCCUCCGUGAAAUACGCCACACUGGUCAGCAGCUCAAAAUCAAGUGACACCAGCGACGAGCGAGAGCUGAUCAACAGUUCAGUGAGCAAGUGCUUCUCUAGCAAAAAUUCUCCGCUGAAAGAUUCUCUCCCUAAUAACUCAUGGCAGAUAGAGUCCCAAGCAUUUCUCUUAUUAUCAGAUCAACACCCCAACAUAAUUUCACCACAUCUUACGUUCUCAGAAGGAUUGGACAAACUUUUGAACCUGGAGGGAAGUUUCCCCGAAGAAAAUAAUUGUGAAAAGUCUGUCUAUUAUUUGGGUGUUACCUCAAUCAAAAAAAGAGAGAGUGGUGUGUUUUUGACUGACGAAUCAGGAGAGCUGUGCCCGUUCCCAGCUCACUGUUUAUUCACUGACGUCAGAAUCCUCCAGGACACCUGCUCACAAUUUGCAGAAAAUAAUUUCGACUUAGGAACAUCUGCUAAGAAGACCUUUGUAUCUUACAUGCCUCAAUUUCAAACUUGUUCCACUCAAACUCAUAAGAUAAUGGAAAACAAGAUGUGUGACUUAACUGUAAUUCCAUGAGAGAGACCUGAGUAGUGUUAUAAUGGACUAUGUGAAGUGUAAUAUAUUCCUCUGCACUUGUGGAUGAGGGAGAGAAAACCAUUAGAGUCAAAUUUGAAAAUGAUUGUCCCAAACUUCAUGGUGUCUGUCAUCCCUCAGUCAUACAGACAAAAAAUGUGAAGAAGCCUUCAUAAACCUCCUGAUGCAGAUGGACUCUUCUAACAAUUUUAUUCACAAGCUACAGGGGGAAGGUCUCUUUGUUUCUUGCUAUAAAUAAGCCCAAGAAAUACUGUCUUUUGUGAAUAGUAGAUCUGUGUAGGAAGAGCUAAUCUUCUGUAUUACAUCAACACCUGAAAGAAGACUUCUAACUGACAUUUGUGAGAUGUAAUUGUUGUUUCAGGGGUGUUUGUUUUGCCAUGAAUUGUCUUUGUUUUGCGCAUGCCCCCCCCCCACGUUUACACCUAAUAGGUAUCCUUGUACAUUUUAAAAGUAGGUGUUGUGUUUGUAUUUUGCGCUAUCAGACUGUGAUUUGAAGUAAGUACUUCACUCAGUGUUGAAGAUAAAUAGAGAGCUUAAGCCUUGUUUAGUGAGUGCGACUUGUGAAGCCUGGUUGUCCCAAUCUAAGAUGCAUUUCAUAGAGUGACACCACCCAUUAGAAUGGUAAUACCCAUAACCAUUAUCUUAAUGACAACAGAAGCAAUUUUGAAAACAUAAUGUGAAUUUUAAGUCCUCUUGAAAAGAUCUGAAAUUGUCACUUUCUGAUACAGUUAGAGUGCACGUCACUGUUUAUCACUCUGGAAUCAUUGUCUUUCCCAUGCCCAUUUGCACGUACACUGUUUUCCCCCCUCGUGCAUUGAGCAUUCUCUACAUAAACCAACACUGUGCUAAUACUUUACCUCAGCUAAUUACUGCAGUCAUUGUGGGGACAUGCUUUACUGUUAAACCUCUUUUAAUAACAAGGACAUUAUUUGCCCAAGGUUACAGAGUUACUGGGUGAUGAAACCAGAAUUUAUAUUUAGGUCCACAUAUUUUAAUAAUAAUGAUCUUGUUUUUAAUAUCUACCUUAUAUUACAAAUCCAUUAAGUAUACUUACUUGUAAUCAAAUAAAAUUUCUUAAGUAUAAAUAUAAUCCUGGAUGGAAAUAAGUGAGAAUUAGAUCUCAUCCAUGUCUUUAAGGACUUAACAGUGAAUGCAGAAGUUUGUUAUUUGUUUCAGCUUUUGGUAUGGUAAGAAAACACAAAGAUUGCAUAUUGGCAGUGAGCUAGGAAAUGGCACACACGGAUGUCCAAUGACAAGAAGUAAGAAGCUGAAGAUUACUGAUAUCUUCAAAAUGAGUAUUUUUGUGUUAAAAAAUAUGCCUCUGGGUUUCUAAACAGCAUUAGAGUUUCACAUGUAGAAUUCUGAUUUUACUGUUAUCCUAAACAAAUUCCUACAUCCCAUUUAUCUUCUAAUUGUGCCAUAUGACCUGAGCAAUUAUAGGCAACAAUGAGGAGCCCAGACCCCAGUUGAUUUUUUUUUCUUAUUUUAUGGUCAUUUCUCACUCAAAUCAUUAAAACUGUUUCAUUAGUUUGAGAGUAUUUCAGCAAGCUCAUGGAAAAGUGGAAUUAAGAGAUGUUUAUUUUGGUGAAAAAAAUUUGAAAUCCCUGAAUAGUUUUUCGGAAUCUGCACGUUCCAUGAACUCUUGAAGCCAUCCUGUGUUGUUAAGAUGUCUGAGGAGCUGACAUACUCAGCUGAUGACCCUCUUAGAAGAAAAAGCUAGAGUGUCCAUGCCAACUCCUGAACUAGUGUGGUGUGAAAAACCUUUGUUCUAUGCCAAUACAAAUGGAGAGUAAGUUUUCAUUGCUUUUUAAGUGGCUUUAGAGAUUUAGAGAUAGACAAAUUAUUAUAUGUAUGGAAAUUUUGGUAAAGUUAUUGUGAGCUUAUGCUUAUAGGAUAUAGGUAUUUAAUUGAAGAUGCUAUAGAGAAGAGAUAAAAAAUUAACUUUUGCCUCACUCUCGAUGUAACUGGCGAUUAAGAACUGAACACAUCCACUGAAACACAACAUACUCCUGUCAUCUGUGACUCAGAACAAGGCAAAAGGAGACUGAUACAAAGUCCCUGACACCUGCCCAAGGACACCCCGUGCUGCUUGUGUGCUGGAGUAAAUUCGGAAGUCCGAAGAUCGCUGUAGUGCUGCAGUUCUGAGUUACAAUGUAGUGAGAUACUAAUCUGAGCUCCUCACCACCUGGGUGGCUUCAGUUCCCAAAACAAGCAAUUCAACAACAAAAGCACUUCAGAAGUACUGAGGUUCCAAGGCACUGUCUUCAUACUGAGGGCUGAGUUGGUAUAGGUUGACCCAUUGGGAAAUAGAUUUAGAUCAUAUUUACUGUCAGUGUUCUAAGUUCUACUUUGGAGGAUAUCUUUCAUGACAUAUAUUUUUUUGGAGCCUUGUGAAUAUUAUCUGAUAUUAGUGUUUUUUUUCAUAAAAUACAGAGAAAAUUUUAGAAUGUUUUAUAAUUUACAUACUCUCCAUUUCCUCCCAAAGCUUCUGUUAAAAAAAAGAGGUUGAAGGAGCGAGGAGCUGAAAUAUGGACUUUAGAUUUCAAACUUUUGAUAAAUGUGGAAUUUUGACUAAAAGGAUUAAAUUGCAAAAAAAGUUACUAUUCAACCUCUGUAUAUUUUAAUUUCACUAAAAGAAACUCAGAAAUGAACAGUUUGAGCUGUGGCUUCAAAUUUAAACAGACUAGAGAGAAAUCCUUUGUCAGGGUUAGCAGGAUUAUAGAUUUCCUAGCUGAAAAUCUCUAAGAAUAAAGAUGAAGACAGUGGAUGCAAAACCACUCAGAGUUGGGGCCUCUUGUUGGUGUCCUUUUUUCCCAUUUGGAGAUGAGGUCCAUGUUGACGGAGGAAUAGGGACAGAUACUGUUUUCUUUUUAAAUCUGGUGUUCAAGUACUAAAAGAACAUGGAUGACGUUUCCAAACCAACUGGAGACUCUGGGCUGAGAAUAAGCUUUUAUAACACUAAGCAUGACAUUCUUAUACUUGCUGUCAUUCUUCUCCAAUAAAACCAAAUCCCUCUUUCCAAAUUUCAAACAUAUGUUCCAUUCCUUCGGGAAUAUUGAGAUUACUCAAAAGCUGAAGAAAGACAAACUUUAGGUUGUAAGUAUUGUUGAGAGUUGCACAUCCAGGGCUCAUACGUAGAGUUGGACAACAUGCUAAUGGAUUAAAUUAUAUGCAACCAGAAAGUUCUGUGUCACUUAGAUGUGAAUGAAAAAUACUUCUUCCUAAAUUAUUUUCUGUAGUCUUAUUUUAAGAGAAAUUUCUUGUACUUCUCAUAUUUUAAGAGUCAUCUUAGUUUAUCAAACUCUAGUAUUCAGUAUUGAGAAAUACACUCUCAAUUUUAAAAUAGUAAAGGAUAGUAUAAUCAUCCACCCUACGAUGAUUAAAACAGUUGCAUUUGAGAAAACAUUUAAGCACAGUUACUUGCAAUGUGAAGAACUAGUUAUAAAAGGAAGCUACCUAAGUCAGUAAUUUUAGUCUUUCUUGAAUAACGAUUUUCUAAAACAAUAAAGCACUCCUGUACCUAAUCACAAUGUUUCAGAAGCAAUUUAAGAUACAAAAAUCCAAUAGAACUGAAAUGUUAUUUCAUGUAUUUGUAUGAGCAUCAAGAAGUGGUUUCCACGGUGUUUUAUAUUGAAUGACUUAUUUUUAUACAAGUUUAUUUAUUUUAGAAAGCUGGUGAAAAUGUCUAUUUUUCAAAAUUAAUUAUGUUUAAUAUAUAGGGUAUUUAGUUCCAUUUUGUGAGGAUCUCUGACAGGGUAUUUUUAAUAAUGUUUAUUAGAAAAAAACCUGGAACUAAGAAUGAAUUUGGAUGAUAUUUAAUUUUAUAGUGAAAUACUUAUAUUGUACAUGUUGUAUUUUUAAAACCUGUCAUUAAGUGGCAUGCAGUUAAUACUUUCUAGUCUCAAUUGCUUUGUUAAUAAAUAUUAGAAAUAUAAGCGUUGAGGUAUGCAUCAGUAAUUGUCCUAUAAAAUUUAAUUAUCCUAAUUAUCUUGUUUUUCCAAGAGAGAAGGAAUAUUUUCAUCUGUUUGUCAUUAUGAAUCAUAAGCAAUGUUAAAAGCUUUGAGGAGUGAAAGUCCAAAUAGAAUUACCAUGAAUUUAUUUUAGUAUUAUUUUUAUUCAUUGGAUAAUAAAAUCAAUAAAUAUUUCAAAAUAUAAGGAAGUAAUGCUUACAGUUUAUGUAAGUUUUUGUUCAUUGUUAAGUUUUAGUUUUAACUUCUCAAUUCCUACAAACAUGUGUGUUGCAUUUGAAGGGGCUUGAAAAUAUUUUGGAUCCAAGUACUUCCAAUUACUGUACCCACUCAAAAGAUCACCCCACCUCCAUGUCAUGCUGGCAUAGCCACUCGUAGUGAAAGAUUACUCAUGUUAAUCAUCAAGAGCUCUUUAUUUUGAUCUCACAGUUCUUUAAGAAAUCUUAUUUGUAGUGAUUUAUGACAUGUGUUUUGUCAUUUAGGUUCCUAACAAUGUGGAUUUUGCUUCUAUGUGAGCUAGUAUUCAGAUCUAUCCUCCUUCUCACUUUGUAAUUUUAAAAUGUAAUUAAAACAAAUUAAAAAGCAAAACCAAAUGCACACAGGAAAAAAAAUCCAUCAAAUAGUAUAGAUAAAUAUAAAUAAAAAGUGCUACGCUUCCUUUGUGCACAACUCUCAGUUUCUAUUCCUCAAAAUAACUUCCAUCGUCCUCAUUCCACAAAUCCUUUUAAUGAUUUAUACAGUUGGGAAAGUAUUCUGCUUGCUGUUAGGAAGUCACCCGCUUCCCACAGCACAGUAUCUUGGUGAUAUUUUUUAUAUAAAUUACAAAAUACCUGUAUCAUUAUUUUUAAUGGUUGUAUAUUGUUUCAUUUUAUCAAAGUACAAUGGUUUAUUUAACUGUUCACAACUGAUUAAUAUUUAGGUUGUUUUCAAUAUUUUACUAUUAUGAACAACACAGAAGUGAGCAUUCGCAUACAUAACUAUGUCUAGUCAUACUUUCACAAAACUACUUGUUAGGACUUUUGGUUGCAAAGGUGAUAACUAACUCAAAUUGGUGUAUCUUUUUUGAUACUUUAAUUUUAAUAUAGUGAAUGCAGUUGAAUAUAUUUUCAUAAGUUAAGACCAUUUUUUUCUUCUUUCAUAUUCUUUGACUAAUUUUCUAAUGGGCUAUUAGAAUUUUAUUGAUAGCUGGCGCCAUGGCUCACUAGGCUAAUCCUUCACCUUGCGACAAUGGCACACCGGGUUCUGGUCCUGGUCGGGGUGCCAGAUUCUGUCCCGGUUGCCCCUCUUCCAGGCCAGCUCUCUGCUGUGGCCAGGGAGUGCAGUGGAGGAUGGCCCAAGUCCUUGGGCCCUGCACCCCAUGGGAGACCAGGAUAAGCACCUGGCUCCAGCCAUUGGAUCAGCAUGGUGCACUGGCUGCAGUGCGCCGGCCGCGGUGGCCAUUGGAGGGUGAACCAAUGGCAAAAGGAAGACCUUUCUCUCUGUCUCUCUCUCUCUCACUGUUCACUCUGCCUGUCAAAAAAAAAAAAAAAAAAGAA